CUCCUCCUCCUCCUCCUCCUCCUCCAGCUUCUCGGGAACGUCCUCCCACUGGGUUGGCGGAGGAUCGGGGGAGGCCCGCCGGGAGGGGGCGAGGGGAACUAGCAGGGGGCGCGGGCCGCCGGGAGCGCACGCUGGGGGAGCCGAGCUGCGCCGGGGCUCGGGCAGCUGGGCGCACUGGUCGGAGCCGGAGCGGGCACCGGAGCGGGCGCCGGAGCGGGAGCGGGCGCCCGAGCAGGAGCCGGCCGGCCCGCCCGGGGGACGCGCGGACACCUGGGCCCCCGCGGCCCGCGCCAUGGAGCCCGAGUGAGGCGGCGGGGCCGGGCCGGGGCCGGGGCCGGACCAUGGAGGCCGUGCUGGCGCUGCUGGCCCUCUGCAGCCACUUGGCUCCAGCGAGAGCCUCCCCGCUCCUGCUCUUCGCCAACCGUCGGGACGUGAGGCUGGUGGACGCUGGAGGAGCCAAGUUGGAGUCGAACAUCGUGGUGAGUGGCCUGGAGGAUGCGGCUGCCGUGGACUUCCAGUUCUCCCAGGGGGUCAUUUACUGGACGGACGUGAGCGAGGAGGCCAUCAAGCAGACGUACUUUAACCAGUCAGGGAGCGCAGUGCAGAACGUCAUCAUCUCUGGCCUGGUGUCCCCCGAUGGCUUGGCGUGUGAUUGGAUCGGGAAGAAGCUCUAUUGGACCGACUCGGAAACCAACCGGAUCGAGGUGGCCAACCUCAACGGAACCUCCAGGAAAGUCCUUUUCUGGCAGGACCUAGACCAGCCUCGGGCCAUCGCUCUGGACCCCGCUCACGGGUAUAUGUACUGGACAGACUGGGGGGAAACCCCUCGCAUAGAACGUGCAGGGAUGGACAGCAGCACAAGGAAAAUCAUCGUCGACUCCGACAUUUACUGGCCCAAUGGCCUCACCAUCGACCUGGAGGAGCAGAAGCUGUACUGGGCGGAUGCAAAGCUGAGUUUCAUCCACCGAGCCAACCUGGACGGCUCCUUCCGGCAAAAAGUGGUGGAAGGCAGCUUGACGCACCCCUUUGCGCUGACCCUCUCGGGGGACACCCUGUACUGGACGGACUGGCAGACACGCUCCAUUCACGCCUGCAAUAAGAGAACCGGAGAAAAGAGGCGGGAAAUCCUCGGUGCCCUUUACUCUCCCAUGGACAUCCAGGUGCUGAGCCAGGACCGGCAGCCCUACUUCCACACCCCCUGCGAAGAGGACAAUGGCGGCUGCUCCCACCUGUGCCUGCUGUCCCCUCGAGAGCCUUUCUACACCUGCGCCUGCCCCACGGGGGUGCAGCUCGAGGACAACGGCAAGACCUGUAAAGCAGGUGCUGAGGAGGUUCUGCUGCUGGCCCGGAGGACAGACCUGCGCAGGAUCUCCCUGGACACGCCAGACUUCACCGACAUCAUCCUGCAGAUCGACGACAUCCGGCACGCCAUCGCCAUCGACUACGACCCUGUGGAGCGCUACGUCUACUGGACGGACGACGAGGUGAGGGCCAUCCGCCGGGCCUACCUGGACGGCUCGGGCGCCCAGACCCUGGUCAGCACGGAGAUCAACGACCCGGACGGCAUCGCUGUGGACUGGGUGGCCAGGAACCUCUACUGGACGGACACGGGCACUGAUCGCAUCGAGGUCACACGGCUUAACGGCACCUCCAGGAAGAUCCUCAUCUCUGAGAACCUGGACGAGCCUCGGGCCAUUGUUCUGAAUCCAGUGAUGGGCUACAUGUACUGGACGGACUGGGGUGAAAGUCCCAAAAUCGAAUGCGCGCACCUGGACGGACAGGCCAGAAGGGUCCUGGUGAACACGUCCCUUGGGUGGCCCAACGGGCUGGCACUGGAUCUCCAGGAGGGCAAGCUGUACUGGGGGGACGCCAAGACGGACAAGAUUGAGGUGAUCAACGUGGAUGGCACCCGGAGGAGAACCCUUCUGGAAGACAAGCUCCCCCACAUCUUCGGCUUCACCUUGCUGGGGGACUACAUCUACUGGACCGACUGGCAGCGGCGGAGCAUCGAGCGGGUCCACAAGGUCAAGGCCGACCGAGACGUCAUCAUUGACCAGCUGCCCGACCUCAUGGGGCUGAAAGCCGUGAACGUGGCCAAGGUCAUCGGCACCAACCCCUGCGGGGAGAAGAACGGCGGUUGCAGCCACCUGUGCUUCUUCACCCCCCACGCCACCAAGUGUGGCUGCCCCAUUGGCCUGGAGCUGCUCAGCGACCUGCAGACCUGCAUCAUCCCCGAGGCCUUCCUGGUCUUCACCAGUCGAGCCGCCAUCCACAGGAUCUCGCUGGAGACCAACAACAACGAUGUGGCCAUCCCGCUGACCGGCGUCAAGGAGGCCUCCGCCCUGGACUUCGAUGUCUCCAACAAUCAUAUCUACUGGACCGAUGUCAGCCUGAAGACCAUCAGCCGGGCCUACAUGAACGGGAGCUCGGUGGAGCACGUGAUCCAGUUCGGCCUGGACUACCCCGAGGGCAUGGCCGUGGACUGGAUGGGCAGGAACCUGUACUGGGCAGACACGGGCACCAACCGCAUCGAGGUGGCGCGCUUGGAUGGGCAGUACCGGCAGGUUCUUGUCUGGAAGGAUCUCGACAACCCCCGGUCCUUGGCCCUGGAUCCCACCAAAGGGUACCUCUACUGGACAGAGUGGGGCGGGAAGCCCAGGAUCGUCCGGGCCUAUAUGGACGGAACCAACAGCAUCACUCUGGUGGACAAAGUGGGGCGGGCCAACGAUCUGACCAUUGACUAUGCGGACCAGAGGCUCUACUGGACCGACCUGGACACCAACAUGAUCGAGUCUUCCAACAUGCUGGGUAGGAAUGCUCACCCUACAUCCCCACCUUUAGGGCUGACGCAGUACAGCGACUACAUCUAUUGGACCGACUGGAACCUCCACAGCAUCGAGCGAGCCAAUAAGCUUACUGGCAAAAACCGGACGCUGAUCCAGGGCCAUCUGGACUUUGUGAUGGACAUCCUGGUCUUCCACUCGCCACCCCAACCUUCUUGUGUUUGGCAACGCCAUCGCGGAUAUCCCCAUGACCAGCAGAGCCCAUGGUCCUCCGCUGCCGGCCUGCCGUGGGGCCCCACCGACCCGCUGGACAAGUUCAUCUACUGGGUGGACGGGCGCCAGAACAUCAAAAGGGCCAGAGACGACGGCAGCCAGCCUUUCAUUGUGACCUCCGCCAGCCAGGGCCAAGAAAAGCAGCCACAUGACCUCAGCAUCGACGUGUACAGCCACACCCUGUACUGGACCUGUGAGGCGACCAACACUGUCAACGUGCACCGGCUGAGCGGGGAGGCCAUUGGCGUGGUGCUGCGCGGGGACCGUGACAGGCCCCGGGCCAUCGCUGUCAAUGCCGAGCGUGGGUACAUGUACUUCACCAACAUGCAGGACCGGGCCGCCAAGAUCGAGCGGGCGGCCCUGGAUGGCACCGAGCGGGAGGUGCUCUUCACCACUGGCCUCAUUCGGCCCGUGGCCCUGGUCGUGGACAAUCAUCUGGGCAAGCUGUUCUGGGUGGACGCCGACCUGAAACGCAUCGAAAGCUGUGAUUUGUCAGGUGCCAACCGCGUGACUCUGGAAGACUCCAACAUCGUGCAGCCAGUGGGCCUGACCGUGCUGGGCGACCACCUGUACUGGAUUGACCGCCAGCAGCAGAUGAUCGAGCGGGUGGAGAAGACCGGCGGCUACAAGAGAACCCGGAUCCAGGGGCGGAUCUCUCACCUCACAGGGAUCCACGCAGUGGAAGAGGUCGACAUGGAAGAGUUUGCCGCCCAUCCGUGCUCCCGAGACAAUGGAGGCUGCUCGCACAUUUGUAUCGCCAAAGGAGACGGGACGCCACGCUGCUCCUGCCCCGUGCACCUGGUGCUGCUGCAGAACCUCCUGACCUGCGGAGAGCCCCCGACGUGUUCCCCAGACCAGUUCACCUGCGCCACGGGGGAGAUCGACUGCAUCCCCAUGGCCUGGCGCUGCGACGGCUUCCCGGAGUGCGACGACCACAGCGACGAGGCCGACUGCCCCGUGUGCUCGGCCGCCCAGUUCCAGUGCGAGAAGGGCCAGUGCAUCGACCUGCGCUGGAGAUGCAAUGGCGAGAUCGACUGCCAGGACAAGUCCGACGAGGCCGACUGUGACGCCAUCUGCCUGCCCAACCAGUUCCGCUGCGCCAGCGGCCAGUGCAUCCUCAUCAAGCAGCAAUGCGACUCCUUCCCGGACUGCAUGGACGGCUCCGACGAGCUCUUGUGUGAGAUCACGAAGCCCCCCUCGGACGACCCCCCCUCCCAUAGCAACGCCAUCGGCCCAGUCAUCGGGAUCAUCCUCUCCCUCUUCGUGAUGGGGGGCAUGUACUUUGUGUGCCAGCGGGUGAUCUGCCAGCGGUACACAGGGGCCAGCGGGCCCUUCCCCCACGAGUACGUCAGCGGCGCCCCUCACGUGCCCCUCAACUUCAUUGCCCCCGGCAGCUCUCAGCACGGCACCUUCACAGGCAUUUCCUGUGGCAAGUCCAUGAUCAGCUCCAUGAGCCUCAUGGGAGGCAGCAGUGGCCUGCCCCUCUACGAUCGGAACCAUGUCACCGGGGCCUCAUCCAGCAGCUCUUCCAGCACUAAAGCCACUUUAUACCCGCAGAUCCUGAACCCUCCCCCAUCUCCCGCCACCGACCGCUCUUUGUACAACACGGAGAUGUUCUACUCUUCAAACAUUCCUUCGACCACUAGAUCGUACAGACCGUACAUCAUCAGAGGGAUCGCGCCCCCCACGACCCCAUGUAGCACAGACGUAUGCGACAGUGACUGCACGACCAGCCGAUGGAAGGCCAGCAAAUAUUAUAUGGAUCUGAACUCGGACUCGGACCCCUACCCACCCCCUCCCACUCCCCACAGCCAGUACCUAUCCGCCGAAGAGAGCUGCCCACCGUCACCCGCCACCGAGCGGAGCUACUUCCAUCUCUUCCCGCCCCCGCCCUCACCCUGCACGGACUCCUCCUGACCUCGGCCCUGCCACCUGGGCCUGCUUCCUCCCCUUCCCCCUGUAAAUAUUUUUAAAUAUGAACAAAGAAAAAAUAUAUUUUAUGAUUUAAAAAAAAUAAAUAUGGUUGGGAUUUUAAAACACACAAAUGUGAAUAAUACCAGGGUGGGCUGGGCUGUGAAAACUUUGUACAGUGGAAAAAUAUUUAUAAAUUUAAUUUUUUAAUUUAAUUCCC